AUGGAGACAUACAGUUCAUACAAUGUCGCGGUAAUUCUUUUCGCCGCGUUUGGCUCUCUUUUUGGAGGCUAUGGCCUUUCCGUUAUUGUGGCUACACUUGGUCAGCCAACGUGGUAUUCCUCACUGAACAUUGACCCGACAUCUAGCCAUGCCACUGCUAUCAUCGGCGCUGCGAAUGGUGUCUUCUUCGCAGGAGGCUUUUUUGGAUGUCUAGUGUCGGCAUACGCAGUCGAGAAACUAGGGCGACUCAAUGGUCUCCGUCUAGCGGCUGUGAUAGGUAUCAUUGGCGCAGCAAUCCAGACCGGAGCAGUCAAUCAAGGCAUGUAUCUGGCAGCUCGUGUCAUCACUGGUCUCUCCGUUGGUCAAGUCAUCGUGGCAAUGCCGACAUACUACGCAGAGGUUGCUCCUCCACAUUCGCGAGGGCUCAUGGCUGGUGCUCACGGCUCUUUUAUCAACGCAGGAUAUGCACUGGCAGCCUGGAUUGGUUUCGCGUGUUUUCACGCUUCCGAGACUAGCUUCGGCUGGCGAUUUCCAAACGCUGUGCUCGUGAUCCUUGCAUUGUGCGUUCUGGGUGGGAGCUUUUUCAUUCCCGAAAGUCCUCGGUGGCUCUGUUCUCGUGGACAAGACCAGAAGGCAUUGGAAAUCCUUUGCAGACUACACCACGACAAGCAUGAUCCUGAAGACCAUUUUGCACACCGAGAGUUGGGCCUCAUCAGAAAACAACUGGAGGCGGAUCGUGUGGCCCUCUUGACUGAUGGAAAGUGGCAACUCUUCACGAAACAGACGUACCGAAAACGCUUCAUUCUAGCCCUUAUGCUGUUGGUGGGUGGGCAGAAUGUCGGCGUGCUAGUUAUCAACAACUACAACACACUUCUUUACCAGUCCCUCGGAUUGAGUAACUCGGAAGCAUUGAUCGUUGGCGCUGGGUACAAUACUUGGGCCAUGAUUGCCAACUUUGCUGGUGCAAUGUUCUCGGAUCGUCUAGGUCGUCGAAAAGCUCUUCUUGCUGGCUACACUGCCAAUGUGGCGAUGUUUACUGUCGCCACGGCUUUGAUCGCAAAAUACUCUGAGACGAAUUCUAAGAGUUAUGCUGCUGCGGCAUUGACAUUUCUGUUUCUCUACGUUACUGCUUAUGGAAGCGCAAUCGACGUCAACCAGUUCACCGUCGCCUCCGAGAUCUUUCCAUCGCACCUGCGCUCAAUGGGCACUGGCCUUGCAAUGUCAGGACUCUUCCUGGCCGACACCUUGUGGCUCGAGCUCGCAUCGACGGCAAUGGCUACGAUCGGCUGGAAAUACUAUCUCAUAUUCCUCUGCCUUGGUGUAGUCCACACAAUCUAUCUAUACUUUAGACUUCCAGAGACUUCUGGACUUGCGUUGGAAGAGAUCGAUGCCCUAUUUGGAAAGGCAGUAGCUGGACAUAUUCAGGAUGAAGACUUGGAGAAAGUUGCCGUACAACACAAUGAUAACGUGACGGAGCUGGUCGAGGACCCUCAAAACAGGCAUCAAGCCUGAGAAGCCG